AUGGAUUCUUCUUCAAUCGUAAGUUUUAAUAAUGAUUCUACAUACCAAUCUACGCUUAAAGGUGAUAGCAAUAACAUAAGUGUACAUGAAUUAGCUUUACACGCUAUGAGAGACAGAUGCCUGUUACUUCAACGUAGGAUAAAUACUUUAGAAACGGAUAACAUGCGCUUAAAGUUAGAUAUAUCGAAGUCAACUGAGAAGGCUCCUUAUAUACCUUUGCAACAGGAUGAAAAAUCAGUUCUGCAACAAAAAAUUGCUGAACUAAAUAAGCAAAAGUCACAACUUCUACACCACGUAUUCAUGGUUUCAUGUGAAAACAAAAACUUAUGGAGCAAACUGUCAUUAUUAAAGAAUCCAGAAAGAAAUGCAAUUGACCGUCCCAGAAAUCCCCUUGUUCGCACCAACACUUACAUACACAGUACUCCGAAAUGUCACAACCAGUAUCAAGAAAAAUAUUCCGAUUCAAGCUUGGAAGAAAUAUCACUAAAAUUAAUUAAUAGUUACAUACAAGAAAAGUCUCAACUUGUAGAACAAUAUGAACAGAUGGCUCAACUUCAAGACAUAGAUGAUGAUAUAUUGAAUGUUGAUUCAAUUGGCUUCACUUACAUUGAAGAUCCAGCGAUGGACUCACUCACGGAAAUAAGGAACCACACUGACAAGUUACAGCAGCUCAAAAAAGAAUUGGCUCAACAGGAAAAAGACUUGCAAUUAGUUUUAUCAAGAUUAGAAACUAUUGUUACUAAUGGCUACAAAUGCGCUACUUGCCUUAAAAGUCAAGAGAAAAAUACCAAUUUUGAAAAUAAGGAAACAGAAACAAGCAAUAGUCUUAAUAUGAACAAAUCAUUAAUGAACGCAAAUUCAUAUGAUGACAGUUUCAAUGAACAAAAAUUACCAACAAAGUUAAAUUUAGAAGGUAACCAGAAUUUUAAUGAAUCAUUUGAUAGAAUAUGUCCGAUAUGUGGAGAAAAAUUUAAAGAUGACACCAUGUUUUCUGAUUUUCAAACACAUGUAGAAAAUCAUUUUAUUGGUGAAAAUGAAGUGGAUUCUAUUGACAAUUAUGAUACCAUUCCAAACUCACUUGAUAAUGUAAUCUAA